CCUGUUCCCACAGCUAGGCUGGUUUCGCCUGGUCAAGGCCUCACACAUGAUAGACAUGUGUUUGUGGGGUGAUUCGGAUGACGGGCUUCAUGAAGGGCCUGUACACGGAGGCCGAGAUGAAGUCAGAUAAUGUGAAGGAUAAAGAUGCAAAAAUUAGCUUCCUUCAGAAGGCCAUAGACGUGGUGGCGAUGGUCUCGGGAGAGCCAUUGUCGGCGAAGCCAGCCCGGAUCGUGGCGGGGCACGAGCCCGAGAGAACAAACGAGCUGCUCCAGAGAAUUGGGAAGUGCUGCCUCAGCAAGCUGUCCAGCGAUGAUGCGGUGAAGAGAGUGCUAGCUGGAGAGAAGGACGUGAAGGGAAGGGCCUCACUGACGUCGAAACCUCAAGAACCGGACAACAGGAAUGUGAGAGAAGAGGAGCCCAGGGUUCCUAAAGAUGAAGAGGGCAGAAGAAAUUCUGAAAUAAAUGAGAGAAGUACAAGCAGAGAUCGCACAAAAGAAGAAUUGAGAGAAGAAAGCAAACAGAGAAAAGAAAGGGACAAGGAGAAGACCAAGGAGAAUGACCGUGAUCGACAUAAAGACUCUGAGAGAGACAAGGGCCGCGAAGGGGAGAGAGAGAGGACCAGGACCAGGGCCAGGCCGGACAGGGACAGAGACAGAGGCAACAGGGACCGGGACAAGGAUGUGGACCGUGCGCGAGAGAGGAAAAACGAGGGAGGAAAAGAAAAGGAGCGGUGGAAAGACAGGGAGAAGGAGCGCGAGCGAGACAAGGGCAGGGACAGGGAUAGGGACAGGCGGAGGGUGAAAAACGGGGAGCAUGCCCGGGACCCCGUCAAGGAAAAGAUCCGAGAGCAUGAUAAACCGGAGAAGAAGUCAUCAAGCUCCGGGGAGAUGUCUAAAAAGUUGUCCGAUGGAUCUUUUAAAGACUCCAAAGCUGAAACAGAGACGGAGGUUUCCAGUAGAGCACCCAGGUCAAUGGCAACAAAGACUUCAAAACGGCGAUCUAAAACCUCAUUGGAAG